CUUCUCAUUCAAUGCUUUUGGAGAUUUUUCCCAUCCUCAUUCUCUCCUGCCACUCAUUUGUCCUCUUCCUCUCUGCUCCCUUUCAGCACAACCUCUGUCUCUCUCUCUCUCUCUCUUUCUUGUUGGAGUGGAUUGGUUGAAAGGUUGGAGGAGUUGAAGGGCAUUUCCUUCAUGAUUCCAUGUGCUUGGAUUGCUUUUAUUUAAUCUUUGGAGAGCGAGGAAUGCCAUAGGAAAGAGGACAAACUACAGUUGUGUUCUGCUGGACUUCCUCUACCUCUGGAGAUCCCUUUCCUGGUUCCAGCUGCCACCUUUCCCCAUUUUGAUCCACCUUCCUUUGUGAUUCUGGCCUUUGAUUGCUGUUUUUCUCAAAAAAGGUCUCACCUUUGGGAGUUUUUCUUGUUUUUUUGGAAAGAGUGAGAUGUGAGCAGGAUCUGUUGCUAAGAUGCAGCCGGAUCAGCGUAGAAAGCCAUCAGCGGAACUGGAUUUUUUCACUGAGUACGGCGAGGGCAGUAGGUAUCGAAUAGAAGAGGUGAUCGGCAAAGGGAGCUAUGGUGUUGUUUGCUCAGCUCUGGACACGCAAACAGGCGAGAAGGUGGCAAUUAAGAAGAUAAAUGACAUCUUUGAACAUGUCUCUGAUGCCACACGAAUUCUCCGUGAGAUCAAGCUUCUUAGACUCUUGCGUCACCCUGACAUUGUGGAGAUCAAGCACAUACUUCUACCUCCAUCAAGGAGGGAAUUCAAAGAUAUCUAUGUUAUUUUCGAACUCAUGGAGUCUGAUUUACACCAGGUCAUCAAGGCGAAUGAUGACUUGACUCCAGAGCAUUAUCAGUUUUUCCUUUAUCAGCUGCUUCGCGGCUUAAAAUACAUACAUACAGCAAAUGUUUUCCAUAGGGAUCUAAAACCUAAGAAUAUAUUGGCGAAUGCUGACUGCAAACUCAAGAUAUGUGACUUUGGACUUGCUAGGGUGGCAUUUAACGAUGCUCCCACUGCCAUAUUUUGGACGGAUUAUGUUGCAACCAGGUGGUACAGAGCACCUGAAUUAUGUGGCUCUUUUUUCUCAAAGUAUACGCCAGCAAUCGAUAUAUGGAGCAUCGGUUGCAUCUUUGCUGAAUUAUUGACUGGCAAGCCACUCUUCCCCGGAAAGAAUGUUGUUCACCAAUUGGAUCUAAUGACUGAUUUGCUAGGAACACCUUCCCAAGAAGUUAUUGCUAGGAUUCGCAAUGAGAAGGCCAGACGAUAUUUAAGCACAAUGCGAAGGAAAAAACCGAUACCUUUCUCUCAGAAAUUUCCAAAUGCUGAUUCACUCGCUCUUUGCUUGUUAGAAAAGAUGCUAGCCUUUGAACCUAAGGACCGGCCUUCUGCUGAAGAGGCUUUGGCAGAUCCUUAUUUCAAGAGCUUAGCGAGGGUUGAGAGGGAACCUUUUGCUCAGCCUGUGACGAAGAUGGAGUUCGAAUUUGAAAGACGAAGGAUAACAAAGGAAGAUGUAAGGGAGCUCAUUUAUCGUGAAAUUCUUGAGUAUCACCCGAAGCUGUUGAAAGAGUUCUUGGAAGGAACCGAGUCGACUGGUUUCAUGUAUCCGAGUGCUGUUGAUCAAUUUAAGAAGCAGUUUGCUUACCUUGAAGAGCAUUAUAAAAAUGGCUCCACUGGCACACCACCAGAAAGGCAACAUGCUUCUUUACCAAGGCCCUGUGUAGUUUAUCCGGAUAACAGACCACAGAGUUCCGGUGAUGUUGUCGGAGAUUUAGCAAAAUGUUCCAUUAAGGAUGUUGAGAAGUCACAACCGGAUAAAAAUUAUGCCAUCCAUGUGAAAAGAACUCCACUUCAAGUUCCUCAGAGAGCUCAAGGUGCUGCUGCAAGGCCCGGGAAAGUCGUUGGAUCAGUCUUGCGAUAUGGUUCCGGUCUGAACUCAGCUGCAGAAGUGUAUGACCAGCGAAGAGUUGUCAGAAAUCCAGCAGUACCAUUGCAAUACACAUCUUCGAGCUGUUCAUAUCCUCGAAGAAAUCCAAGCUGCAAGAAUCAGAGAGGUGAUGAAGAUGGCAUCGAAGGGUCCUCAAUCGCACAGCCGAAGCCUUGCAUUGCAAGAGAAGUCACCGCGGCAGCUAACGGUGGGACGGGAGGUAAUUGGUAGAUUAAAUUCGGCGAUGUAGCUUCAUUUCUAUGACGGUAUCGGAGAGUUUUUUUUCGAUACUUUGGACUAGCAUUAUGUUUUCGCUGUAAAUGUUAUCGAUGUAACUUUGCACAUACACUGACCAGGUCAAUAUUGUUGUUGUUGAUGAUGAUGUUGUUCAUUUCUGAGGAGUCUAAACCUUAGUUCAACAAUAAGGAAAUCAAAAUGAAGAACAAGAAUGUAAUGUACCUUGUUGUUUCUUUUUCUUGUAUUUUAUUUAGACAUUUUCUUUAAUUA